GCUGAAAUGCCAUAAUUUCUCGUCAAUUGAAAACAAAAUUUUGUUCUCAUAAACUCAACAAUCAUUUACUUCAUUUCUUUCUAUAAAUAAACUGCGCCUUUCUCCGCCAAAUCUGACUCAAUCGGAUAGAAAACUUGUUUUCUCUGUUCGUCUCUCUCUCUCUCUCUCUUUCUCUCUCUUCAUCUCUCUCUCUCUAGUCUCCAAUGUCGGCUCUCUUCUCCAUCUCCCCGAGGUUGUAGCCCUAAAACGGAGGAGACUAUUUGCGGCAAUGGAGGAACCGAGUAAACUGAAGCGUGCCUUGAUUGAUUCCUCGGCCGGAGCAAUUUCCGGAGGAAUAUCACGGACUGUUACCUCGCCCCUCGAUGUUAUAAAGAUUCGAUUCCAGGUUCAACUGGAGCCCACAUCUUCGUGGGCUUUACUACGUAAGGAUUUGGCUGCAGCUGCGUCUGCACCAUCAAAAUAUACUGGCAUGUUUCAAGCAACGAAGGAUAUUCUUAGAGAAGAAGGCGUUCAGGGAUUUUGGCGGGGAAAUGUCCCGGCAUUGCUCAUGGUUAUGCCGUAUACAGCUAUACAGUUUACAGUUUUACAUAAGUUGAAGACUUUUGUCUCUGGCUCUUCAAAGACAGAGAAUCACAUUAAUUUGAGCCCUUAUCUUUCCUAUGUCAGUGGAGCAUUAGCUGGGUGUGCAGCUACAGUAGGUUCAUACCCCUUUGAUCUUCUCCGUACCAUAUUAGCAUCUCAGGGUGAACCGAAGGUAUAUCCAACCAUGAGAUCAGCAUUCAUUGAUAUUGUUCGUACACGUGGAUUCCAAGGCUUGUAUUCCGGACUGUCCCCUACUCUAGUGGAGAUUAUACCUUAUGCAGGUCUACAAUUUGGCACGUAUGAUACAUUUAAGCGUUGGGCCAUGGCUUUGAAUCAUAGAUUUUCGAACGCUGCUCCAGAAGACAACAUCUCUAGUUUUCAGCUUUUCCUUUGUGGGUUAGCAGCUGGAACAUGUGCCAAACUUGUCUGUCAUCCACUUGAUGUCGUCAAGAAAAGAUUUCAGAUUGAAGGGCUUCAAAGACAUCCAAGAUAUGGAGCUCGAGUUGAGCAUCGUGCAUACAGGAACAUGUUGGAUGCCAUGCAACGGAUAUUGCGAUUAGAGGGUUGGGCUGGUUUGUACAAGGGGAUAAUCCCAUCGACUGUUAAAGCUGCACCUGCUGGUGCUGUUACAUUUGUUGCUUAUGAGUUGACAUCAGAUUGGCUAGAGUCCACUUUUAGUUGAUUUUUCCCCACUUUUUCUUCCGUUAUUAAUUAUAUUCUUUUUCAAUAUACAAAUUGAUCCCUCGUAGUGUAGGAAGAAAGUGAGGGAUUUAAUUCAUUGUAAUGAUAGUUGUAGAUGGAAAAGAUUUGUUCUUGAUGUCUACGUCUGAUAUCGAAUUCCAAAUGUAUAUUUCCAAGAUGGUGCAAAGCCUGUCUAGAAUCGAAUGGUGUUUGGAUUCAACCUAAUUGUAGUCUUGUAGUUAAA